GCGGAGCUAGCCAUAUGAUAACAGAAGCAUAUCACCUUGAUAAGCUUCUGGAUAUAAUAGUAUAGUAAGAUGUAAUAAGCUAACUAACUGAAUCUUCCGAGUCUGUCUCUUCUACAGACGCUUUGGUUAGAGUACAAGGUCAGUAAAAGGUUAGGAAAUUACAGAACGGGAUAUUUUAAGCGUCGCCGUGGACGACUGUUCCCUGUCUCCCCAUGUCUCCUCCCCUUAGGAAACUCUACAAGGUGUUGCGACUUCCUACAACUGUACUCUGUAAGAACCAGAUAAGAAAUAAAAGGGUUCAAAAAUGACGUUUGAUGCAAAGAUAAUUCGCAUUGAACGAGAGGGGAAGUGGACAAACGGUUUGAGCGCUCAUACAGGUUCGAGCUCUGGUCAGGGCCAUUGUGUGCUCGAUCAAGACAACUAAAUUGCGUUCAUGGUGUCUUCCCCCUCCCUCCCCUCCCAAAGUGUUCAAAUGGACACAGCCGCCAUAGCUUUUGAAAAUCGUCAAGGAGAAAACCCUGGGGACGAGGUGGCCCCUUUUAGGAUUCGACCGGGAGGUCCAUCGUCUUCUCCGCCACGAGUUUCAAAAUGACUGCUCGUCGGGGGAGACGCCCCGUGAAAAAAAUCUGGGUCAACCCGGUGGAAAAUCUUCCAAAAAGUAGACAUUUGUAUCACGUCACCGAAAGAGAAGAAAAUGGCGGCUGGAGUCGACUUCAAAUCCACCUUUAACAGGACCACGUGACUGAAAAUUGCCAAAAAAGAUCACAAAAGCGCGAUAAAAACACAUGGAAAGACUCCAAGGUUUGAAACAAAUUGAUAGAAUUUCAAAUCCAUGCAGACUGUCAUGUAUCGCGCUUUGCUUAUCUGUGCGUGAAAUGUGUUGACGCUUAUUCCUGUCUACAAACGAACCCCUGUGUUGAAAUGACUGGUUAGUUCUAAUAGCGCGCACACACUGGCAAACUUGACUGAUAGCUAUUCAGUCUUGUGGUGAUUAAAAUGCUUUUAGGCAAUCAGCUUUUCAUUUGAAUUAAUGCAGCAGAUGAUAUCAAAACUUUUCAAAUAGCAUUUUCAUUCAUUUUACUCACUUUAUUCAUUGCAAGUCGACCGCGGAUAUUUCAACGAGCCGACCACGAACUGUUCAAUAAAUUAGGAAAAAAAAGCGUCUUGUUGUCGCAGCGUGACAAGUGGGAGAUUUCGAAGUAAUUUACACCGACCAUUGUUUUCCUUGUAAUUAGUUUUAAUAAUGACUAUGUCACCGGGCGAAUGCGAACAACUUGUAAAUUCUGAACACUGGUUAGACGAAUGGAAGUCAAGACGAAGUCGGAGGACCCAGAAAAUUCACUCAUGAAUACUUGAAAUGUUUUCAUAAAACUAUGGAUAGAGGCAUUCAAUCUCGAGGAGAAAAACACCCUGACCUUAAACCUCGAAACUGCAUUUCAGUGAAGGGGAGACAAGACGAGAGAUCGGAGCCUUCAUCUUAUGUUGUUAACAGCGAAAAAUCGAGUAACGACUUGACUGAGAGAGUGGCACCAUCUUCUUUCAUACCGGCUAAUCAAAGAAGAAAACUGUUUAACGGGAGCCUUAAGCUGUCAAAAACCAGAUGGGUAAGUAUGAGUCACGAAAAACCGUCUAGGAAAAACAGAGUUUUGAAGACGGAAAAGUCCCUGGAUGACGCUGCGUUUUUAAAGGAAAAGCGAGGAGGUUCGCAUUAUUGCGAAAGCUCUUCUGCGAUUCAAGAAAGUCCAGAAUUGGAUACCUUGCCCGAAGAGAUUUGUCUCGAGGCGUACUCUGAGACGCCACGAAGGGGAAGCAUUUGUGAAGAGCUCGAAAAGGAGAUCUUUCAGGGAGGAAUCAGCUUGCACAAGAUGCGCAAGGCAAUGGUGAUACAGGAAACACUUAAGGAUAGAUUUCUGAUAUGAACGUGGAGUGAAAACACGCUUUAUUUUGAAAACAGUCUGUGCUCGACGCAGUGUUGAAAAACGAGGAAUAGCAAAUACUGCAUAUUUAGACUUCUGCUACAGGGACGAGCAAAGAUGACGGGAAAAAACCGCGAUAACGUUGUUUGCUUCUUCCACUGAAAAAUUUACACAAAAUCUGAAACUUCUAAAUUUGAAAUAACUAUGGCAGCUUGCAUCCACAUGUCAAUCAAUACCUUUCACUGGGUUAUCUGCAGCUGAUAUGACGUAUUCUGAUUAAAUAAAAGAUGUGGAAUAA